UCUGAGCAAAUAGGAAGUAACCAGGGAUGUAUCACUGUUAGCUUAACUGGCCUGACGAAAAACUGCUUUUUGUGAGAAUUAUGUGUUACUUUAAUCAUUAAUAAUUUUUCAAACUAUCUACUUUAUAUUUCGGGUGGAUUUCGUGUUUGCUUCUUUGUUUUGAAGCACUGUGAUUGUUUGUUGUCGGAGCUUGUAGCAUAGAAUGAAAUUAGCCUUUGUGGAGCUAAAUGAGCUAACAGCAGUCAGUUGGUCAAUGUUUCCGAGGUUAAAGCCUUUAAAUGUUCAUGGUUAAGUAGCAGAAGACGAGUCCACACUGCGAGUCUGUGAGACUGUGCGGUGAAGAUCACGUCGUCUGCGGACACUACCUGCAAGUCCUGUUCAGCUGAGGACCAACAGUCUGGAGACAGUUGUAGUGGAGCAUGUGAAGGUUGCAAACGAGGAUUCUGAAAAGGAGAAUCACAGGAGGAGCGAGGAUGUCUGAGAUGAUGAAAGUUGAAGCAGAUGAGCCUGGAGGGUUCAGCUUGGAUCCCCACAUACCUGCAGCCACAUCGGAACUGGAGGAGGAAACACAAGACAGCAAAGAUCUCAUCCAACAGAUAUUGGUGAUUAAAGAAGAGGUUCCCCAUGAAUGGAGUCCAAGUUUGGAUCCAGAGACGUCGCACAAACAGGAGGGAUUGGAGGAACUGUGGACCAAACAGGAGGACGAGCAGGUCAUUGUGAAGAUGGAAGAUGAAGAGAAACCUCGGUUUUCAGAGCUUCAGCAAAUCAAAACUGAAGACAACAGAGCGACAGAAGCUCAGACCAGCAGUUCAGCUGUAAAGAUUAAAGCAGACCCCGAUGGAGGGAAAUGUGGAGGACCAGAACCGGGCAGAAAACCUGAUCCAGUAUGUUCUUCUCAGGAAAGUAAGAUGGCAGUUCACAAAAGAAGUAAAAUAUCAAAACCACAUUCCAAACGUACAGCUCAGAUUGAAGUUAAUGCGGGAGAGAAGCCGUUUGGUUGCAAUAGUUGUGGCAAAAGACUCAGACAUAAAACUCAUGUUCAAUUACAUAUGAUGAUUCACAGUGGAAAGAGAGAACAUAAAUGUGAUAUUUCUACCAAAGCAUCCAAAGAAAAGCGUUCUCCCCAGACGCACAAGAGAGUUCGCACUGGAGAUAAAGCAUUUGCGUGUGAGGAUUGUGGUAGAAAGUUUCAUGCAAAGAAAUUGUUUCAGCAGCAUCUGAAGGUUCAUUCAGAAGAAAAACCUUUUUCUUGUGAUGUCUGUGGUACAAAAUUUAAAAGAAAGGAAACACUUAAAAACCACACAAGGAUUCACACUGCAGAGAAACCAUUUGUUUGUAGUGUUUGUAGUAAAGGCUUUUCACAACAGAUUCAUCUCAAAAGUCACAUGCGUGUUCACACUGGAGAGAAACCGUUCAUCUGUAGCUUUUGCAGUAAAGGAUUUGCAUUACAAGAGAACUUAAAGAGACACAUCCGUGUUCACACGGGAGAGAAAAUGUUUGUUUGUAGUUUUUGUAGUAAAGGCUUUUCACUGCAGCAAAAUUUAAAGAGUCACAUGCAUGUUCACACUGGGGAAAAACCAUUUAUCUGCAGUAUUUGUAGUAAAGGAUUUUAUCAACAUGGAGUGCUGAAGAGACACAUGCGUGUUCACACAGGAGAGAAACCAUUUAUUUGUAGUGUUUGUGGAAAAGGAUUUUCACUACAAGAGAAUCUAAAGAGACACAUGCAUGUCCACACUGCAGAGAAGCUAUUCAUUUGUAGUAUUUGUAGUAAAGGAUUUUCACAACAAGAUACUUUAAAGAGGCACAUGUGUGUUCAUACGGGAGAGAGACCAUUUAUUUGCAGUGUUUGCAAUAAAGGGUUUUCACAACAUCAUCAUCUGAAAAAACACAUGGAUGUUCACACGGCGCCAUUUAGCUGUAAUGAUUGCGGUAAACAUUUUUUGAAGGAGAUCCAGUUGGAGCGACAUGUAAAAGUCCACACAGAGGAGAGACCAUAUGGAUGUGAUGUCUGCAAAAGCAGAUUUAUUCAGAAGUGUCAUCUUGACAACCACAUGAGAGUCCAUUCAGGAGAGAAACCGUUUGUUUGCGAUGUUUGUAGUAAAGCAUUUUCACAACAAGACCGUCUAAAGAGACACAUGCGUGUUCACACAUGUGAAAAACCAUUUGUUUGUAAUGUUUGCAGUAAAGCGUUUUCACAACAAGGGAAUCUGAAGAGACACAUGGGUGUUCAUGAGGGCUGCAUGCAGUGAAGAAAUCUAAAAUCUAGUAGGAAUAUCAAAAUUAAAUAUUUAGAGGGCUAAAAGCUUCAAUAUGAUCAAAAAUAAUGAUUAGAUAAACCUAGAGCAGAUAAAUGUGGUCUAUUCAGAAUGUCUGCUUUUGUCAUGGAGUGGACAAUAUGGUAUUGAAAUGAAUUUGUGGUAGUUCAAGAAAAGUUAGCAAAGUAUUUGCUGACUGAUUUUUGAAUUGUCAACAGACAUGCUCACAAGCAGAGGGCGGACAUAAUGUGGACCUCUACAAGUGGGCCAAUAUCAACAAGCAAGCAGCUUCAUGUUAUAAGUCAUAGUGACUUAUAACAGUGGUUAGACAGUGGUUUUUACUGUCUGUAUAAAAAAUGUUAUGCAAAGCAUAACAUAAAGGCUAUACAUAGGUCUAUGUGCUGUCCUGCUGGUACUAUGGCACUGGUACAGUAUGCACCAAAUGAGCAGCAUACAUGAUUAUCAUCUUGGCUGAUUAUUAUUAUUAAAACUGAGUGUCGAUGAGCAAGUAAAUAAACCAGCAGACUUCCUGGCAUUAUUCCAUAGUUUUUAUGGCUGUAAAUAGAACUGAUACAAAUGAAUAACUACAUGACUGAAUUGACUUUUGCUUGUGAUAAACUCAAGAAAGAUGUUUCUAUGAAGUGAGCAGAGGUGGGUAGAGAACCCAAAACUUGUACUCAAAUAAGAGGAAGACUAAUUCAUCAAAUUUCUCCUCAAGUGAAAGUAUACAUCCAAGUAUACAUCUGUUAAAGUAAAAGCUGCCUCUCCUCCUGUUUCUGUUAGUUAGAGGGGGCCUAGAGAUCAGUGGUAGCAAAUCUUUGACUAGUUUUGGUUGAUAAACAUUCAGAUGUUCAGCUCUACAAAUAUUUAAAACUUCUUCAUGUCUGGUUAUCUCACCACCAAAUCAGCCUCUGAUGUUUGAUUUCUGUUCCUUGAUAUAUGUUUUUAAUUGAGGCCACUAGUUAUUGUGCUGCAGAAUUAACCAUUGAAGCGCUAUGAAUUAUGUAUCUCUGUAAAAGAAAAUUCUGUUUUUACUUCUGCCUUUGCUGUCACUGUUGCACAUUAUUUUUUGUUUUUGUUGUCGGAACAAAUGCUGGCUCACCUUUUUAUUUAAGAAUAUUUGCUUUAUGUUUCCUGGUGCAAAAAUAUGUGUGAUUAAAAUCCUGUAGUACUUCCAUUAAAAUUA